AUGGGGAACUACACGAUGGCAGACCUGGCAGUACCGAAAGCCGACGUCUCGUACGUGGACUGCACGUACCUCAACUGCUCUCAACCAAAUGGCGUGACGGCGCACUACGCACAGUACUGUACUGGGUGGCAAAUGCUCAACGUGUCUCGAUGGGACCCCACAAUGACCCCGUCCAUUCGACUGAGAGAUCACAAAUGGGAGCAGGAUAUUCCCGAAUUCGGAGGCCUUAUUACGUUCCAUGUGUACGUCGUCCACACAGUGCCACAUGACCUUGAUCCGGCUUGGAACGAGUGUCCACUGGACGAAGGAUACGCGUCACUGACAGUACCUUGCCACCGAAGAAUCGAGUUCACGGACGACUACAUGGCUGCAAAUACGACCGUUCCAGCUGGAUCGGCGUUCGUGACGACGUGGUUGAAACAGGAGUUUGCUCAGGAGGACUCUCCGUCGCAGCUGUUGAUCCCAGUCAUCUUGGGUGUAGCCAUUGCUGUAGCUGGGAUGGCUCUGGGGUGGCUCAGCUGUAGACGAAAGUUAGAGGCCUCAAUGAAGCAAAAAUCAGGAAUCGAACACGAAAGACGCUCGCAACGUUCAAGUGGGAGCUCCCAGGAGAGACGAGCCAUUUCUAUCUCCAGUCCACAGCAACGUCGAGAUUCAGCAAUCCAGAGUCUUUACUGCGAGAGAGCGGGGUCGAACAAAACUCUACUGGAUAGUGAACACCUCGAGGGCAAACGCAUACCCUUCGACUCGAUCGUGUUUGAGAGGGUUAUUUCUAAGGGGGCGUCGGGGGAAGUGUGGGUUUGUGAGUUCAAUCGACAGAAAGCGGCGGUGAAGCGUCUACUGCAGAGGAAGAAACAGAAAGCGGAAAGUGUUCAGAAAUUUGCCUUGGAGAUCGAACUCACUGCCAGCCUCAUUCAUCCGAAUAUCGUCCAGUUUAUCGGUGUGGCCUGGAAUAGUCUUGACAAUUUGGUGAUGGUGUUGGAGUAUUUAUCAACGGGAAGUCUAAAGGAGUUUCUUGAAGAACCGAGAGAAUUUAUGUCCAGCAACGUUUUACUCACAGAUUCAAUCGAGCCAAAGAUCAUCGACUUUGGCGUAAGUCGUGGUCUUGUCGAUCUCUCAAUGACUGCAGGUGUAGGCACGCCGUUCUGGACAGCACCUGAAAUCUUGGAAGGUAACCAUUACACGGAGAAGGCGGACAUGUACUCGUUCGGUGUCGUGUUGUCCGAGCUUGACACUGGACAGGUUCCCUACCACGAUGCCGUGACGGAAGAUGGAACCAAACUGAAGCCGGUCCAGAUACUAAAGGAAGUCAUGUCGGGCACGAUGCGACCAAGUUUCUCCGACGAAUGUCCACCUAGAAUUCGAAGAAUAGGAACCGCCUGUCUAUCUCUUGACCCUUCCAGUCGUCCGACAGCACACGAACUCGUUCGGCAACUCGAAGGCAGGGAUAGCGAAGAAGAAGAAGAGGGGGCUAGAACACUUUAA